UUUGCCGCCAUAUUUCAUUUGUGUAAGUAGAAAGAGGGCUUUCUCAUGUGAACCUUUUUGAGAUUCAAAGUUGUCAUUCGUUCUAAAAUUCCUCAUGCUUAGAGGUAAGAAGUGACUUUAGCCAUAAAUCGUUUGCUAGAAGUUUACAUGGUUAUAAUACUGCGAAACGGGCAGUGGUUAUAUUUUCAACGUCAUCCGUUAUCUACCUCAAACACACGGAAAAAUUAAAUAUUUUUGUAGUUAUAUAAAGUGGUACCACUGAACAGACAUACGUAGAAAUGAACUUUCUUUGUAGCUAUAGAUAACAGUCACCAAAGGAAAAUGGGAUUUUAGAUGUUUUUCGCUUGUUUUCCCAUUUAACUUGGCAAUGGUAAGUAAUUAAGCGAAGUAAGGUACUGAAGCUUGCCAGGCUUCCUCAAUAACACGCUAUUUUACGUUACAUUUAGAAUGGAUGGCGUGUUCUCUCAUGCAGAUGAGAAACCCGAUCCUCCCUCCCCAGAUCAAAAUCUUUUCACUCCACCUCACACAGCCAGGGAUGCAACCUCUGGUAUCUCUAGUUCUGAGAGGAGACAGUACAACAAAGCUCUAAAAGCUAUGUAUGAGAUUGUGCGUUUGGGUUCCAAACAAUUGGAGCGUUCAGUAGCUGAGGGUGAUGGUGUAGUUCCUGAGACUGUGACAGAAACUUCUGAAACUGAAGAUGAUGUUGAUGGUUUGUGGUUUGCAUUCUAAGAUUUGUUAACAACCUUAUUGUGACUUUACUUAGACAUAAAUGUUAACUGACUCAUGCAAAAACUAUGAUUAGCUUUUGUGACAAGCUGAAUGAUAGACACAUUUUCAGUGGUUCUUUCUUAUAAUAUAUUGGAAGACAGAUGCAUGGAUGAUGUCACCGUCAACAACAAUUUGCUUUUCUAUCAUAUAAAACAAGCUAACUCCAUGUUGCAGAGGGUCUGUAUAGAUCACAGAAGAUAUCAAAAUGUGGCGUUAAUUCUUUGACUCCCAAAUCAAAUUUAUCAUUCUCCUUACUGUCAACGAUACAAUUCAUAUAAUGUUAGUUCAGAGAAUUUAGUAUUGGAUCAACUGAUUAUCCCCAAAUUGAUAUUUUUCUUCAUUCUCAUCACUCAUCUGGUUGAUAUUGAAUUGAUAUUGUAAGGAGAAAUUCUGUCUUGGUCACUCAUAGGAGUUAAAGGGUUAAAGACUUUGCUUAUCCUAACAGUAUGCGGGACGCAUGUGAUAAAUAAACUUUGUAAUAGUCUUUAUUCACCAUAAAGUCUCUGUAGCUCAGUGGUAGAGCAUUGCAGUGCAUAGUGCAUAGGUCUGAGAUUCAAUUCCUCAUGUGGACUCAGAAUUUUUUCUCUGCCCUAUGCUUGUGACAAGACAAAAAAAAACAUCUUUCUCUAUUUUGUUGCUGAGCUCAAAACUUACCAUCUCUCUUGUUCUAUUCACAGUAGAUAUCAACUUAAUAACAUCACACUGCCUUUGAUUUUUGAAACAUUAGAUAAUGAAGACUAUUCCUCAGCUCAAAUGAAGUCUCCAAGUUCUCAUGCAAGACAAAGACCAGCAACAAAAUCAUAUGAUAAAGAUGUAAGUUGUGUGUUUGGCAGAAAAUCCAGUUGAUUUUGUAUUUCAUUAUGCAACCAGUGACUCCAUAUGCUUUAAAAAAAAAGGGGACAGGAGAAUCGUGUUAAGAAUUUUCUAUUCAUUAUAUGUAGCAUUAAUCCAAAUUUAUCUCAUAUUUGCCUGGUACUUGUUGUUAUUUUUUCAAACUUCAAUUGUACUCAAACCAAACAUUUAAUUUGAUAAUCUGGUGAACUGAUCACUCUUUUAUCCCUUUCACACCCAAGAUGAAAAUAUCAGUACUCUGUACUGACUGCCAUACAUUUCUUAUAAUUUUAGCUUAGGGAAUUUUGUUUUUCACCCCAGUAUUUCCCCUGGUUGACAUUAUUUCUAUUAUCACCUUUCUGCUAUGCAACAAUGUCUUUGUAGGUCAUUCUGGGUGGUGAAAAUAUCAUGUGAAAAUGCUCAAACAAUCAGGGAAAAGGGUGGCAGGGAAAUGGGGAAAGGGAGAUGCUUUCUUGAGGGAAAGUGUUUGUUGAAAAAUUUUGUUCAACAAGUAGGAGCUUCUUUGAAAGGAUGCACAAAUUCAGGGGCUUAUGACAUUCGGCUAAAUGGCCUAGUGUUAAAAAUGUGGUCUGUGUCAGCUCCUUGAGUAGUUAGUUAUCAUUUAUGAUUACACAUUUGCAAUGAAAACUCAGAUUGGUCAAGAGCAUGCAGUCAAUACAUAACAGCGUGCUAAGUUGACGUGAUAACCCAAUAUCUACAGAAGCUGUUGGGUCAUCAUGUCAAGUUCAAGGUCUGCCUAGUUUUCAAGCCUCUCAUUUGUGUAGUGUUCUCAAGCUCUUGCAAACUCAGAGAGAAGUGUCUUGUUCUUAAUUUGCAGAUUGGUUAAACCUGUAUAAUAAAACAAUUUUGUAAGAUGUCAUGCUCAACCUCAUCCAAUAAUUGCUUAUUAUCUGAUAAAUAGUUUUCUCUUCCAGCUGUGCUACCUUUCUAGGUGUAAUCAAUUGGCUAACUUGUUUUUUUUAUCAGGAAAACACCCUCAGCUGUACUGUAUUUGAUAAGUUUGUGAGUUCUUGUGACUUUUCUGCUGGAUUUGAUAUUGUAACAAAAAGUAACAUGAAACAUUCAAAGGAGUUAAAUACCAGAAUGUUGCCAUUGAUUAAAAAAAUCUGUACUGUUUAAAAAAAUAAAUAUAUCUCUGAUGUAUAGGACCUCAGAGGCAAGACAUUUUAUUGCUGUAGGUGGUUACUUAUUGCAAUUCUUUUACUGAAGGUACAGCAUCAUUUGGAGGCAGAAAAUGUGAGAAGGGUACACAAAGAACUGAACAAGAUUAGCAUGAUGCUGCAGGUUGGUGCUAAGCAUUUUUUUUACAGAUAUAAAAUUACCAUGACUCACCUUGAGUCUGCACAUAAUGCCUGGUGGCUGAAAUUGCCUUUGCAUUUCCUGGUUAGCUUACUCAUUUUUGGGUGUGAAGGAUUAAUGGGCUAUUAAUCCUUCACACAGUGGGAAGAUGACCUAGUUUUACAAAGUUAGCGUAACAUUUACAGGAAGCCAUUUUAAUGUAAGGUAAAAAAGAAAUGAGCUUAAAAAUGGCAACAAUUAUCAUGCCAUCAUGCAAAGCAGCUUUCCUGCCAAAGAGCAUGCUUGGCAAAAAUGUGUGCACAUAGUUUUUGACACAUUGCAUUGCCAAAGUUAACCUAUCAUGGUUUUCAUUAAGUUGCAUGCUUCAAACACUCAUGGAGUAUGUGUGUUUUCUAUACUGUUCUGUAUACAUAUGUCAAGGGGCUGACAAGGAGAAUUUGUGGAAACAAUCAUGAGGUUUUUGAGUUGGUGAUCAUGUCUGUUAUUCUUGGCUACUCCCCAUUGAUUGGAUAAGUAGGUCAAGCUGGUCUGUCAGCAUUUUGCCAAGUUUCCCUAGCAAUCCUACAUGGAGAGAAGCUCUGAUAUUGUGUCAGGGGUUUACUGUGUGUGGGGCCAAUUAUUGAAACAUGAUGCUUCAGUAUAAAUGUUUUGUCUUUUCCACUCAUUGCUUUAUGUUUGUUGGCUUAAUUUUGUCGACUGAGGUAAUUAUUAUGUACCAAGCAAAAAUGUUGUGAGGGGUUCCAUAAUGAAUUUGUUCUUUUUGUGUGUGUGUGUGUGUUAACAGAAAGAAAGUGAAGCUCUUCAUAAACGUGAAGUUCAGUUACGUGAAAGGGAGAGGGCAUUACGAGAUGCAGAAAAGCUCAGCCACACAACUGACAUUAUUAUUGACAAAGUGGUGACUCAAGAGGUUGAGAAUCGCUGCCAAGCUGUGACUGAGGUGAAGUUUUUUUCCUGACUACAUGUCAAUGUCAAUGGCUGGUUUGAGUACCAUCUUUGAUUUUAUGAUAAGCUGAGUUGCACAAGCAAUUUGAUUGGUUCAUGCUUAUGAUCAGAUGGAUAGAUGACAUUACCAUUAACCCUUUAACUCUGAUAAGUGACCAAGACAGAAUUUCUCUUUAUGAUAUCAAUACAAUAUCAAGCAAACAAGUGAUGAGAAUAAAGAAAAAUAUCAGUUAGAGGAUUAUUAGUUGAUCCAAUAUCAAAUUCUCAAAAUUAACUUUGCAAAAACUGUAUGGCAGACAGUGAGGAGAAUUACUAAUGAGAUCUUGGGAGUUAAAGGGUUAAAAGACCUUUUCCUUUUUAAUCAUAUAAAACAAAUAGAUUCCAUGCUGUGGGUCUGUUCAGUAAUAGAUCAAAAAAGACAUAACACUGUGCUAAGAACAUCAGUGAUACACUCCUGAGUGGCACCUUGUGUGUCACUUUUUUGUUCUUACCACAUUUUAAUGUCAUCAGCUGUGAUCUACUACUGAAAAGAUGCACGGCAACUUGAAAUCUAUUUGAUUUGUAAUUGAAAAGCUUUAGGAGCUUAAUCAAGAAAGAGCAGUUCAUAUUGAUGUUUGUCAUUGAGAAGAAAAAAAUUUUGUUACAACAAUCUGUAGGAAUAUGAACAAAAGCUUGGUGAGCUUGAAGAAAUCAUCCAUAAGAAAACAAAGGAACUCAAGAGGAUUAAAGAGUCAUUUGAUACUAUAAAAACUGCAAAUGACUCGCUAAAGAAACAGGUAAUAGAGAGAAUUCACAUUACUCAAACGUUGUAAAGGGAUCAUUAAUAAGUGCCUUUGUAAUAUGAAAAGCCGUUAGAGUAAUUGAGAAACAAGUGCAAUGUUGUAACACAGGUGCAAAUUAUAAAUAACAAGUGCACUGCUAAAAAUUUUUUUCAUCUUGACUUUCUGUUAUGCAUUUUUUUUGUAAAUAAUUAACAAGUAACAUUAUGAUUUAUUGUGUAAUUUGUUGUUAGUAAGCUCUUGUAAAGUUUUUAAAGACUACAAUCGUACUUGCCCGACAGGCUUGUGCAAUUUUUUUGUCUUUGAAAAAUUUACUUGUGCUUACUAACACCAAAUUACACUCAAAAUCAUGUUGUUACCUAUACUAAUAACAUUUGUUCCUUUAAUGGAGUUUUUCCUGUCACUCAAUUUCUAUGGAAGAAUCCUCAUGGAACUGUCUUUUGUUUCCUGUUAUUGAAUCAACUUAGAUCUCUGACCUUGAAAUUCAAAACAAAAAGCUUGAGACACAAGCUCUGAGUGUUCAACACAGACUGGCUAACCUGCAGGUAAAUAGCAAUUCUGUUUACAUCAUUCAGUUCCUUUUGGGGAAAUCUGAGCUGAAACAAUUUUACGAGGUUCUUUUCACCUAUGGUCAAUAAAAAUUUUUUUUGAUUAAUUUUUUUUAUUUAAUCUUACCAUUCAGAGAAAGAAUGAAUUUUUGCAGAGAAAUUCCAAGCCAGAGGAUAGAGAGAUUGAAAAAGAAAGAAAUAACAAGCUUACUUUGCAUGGCAAAAGUGGUACUUUCCUACAAUAUUCUUGUUCAAGAUGUGUUGUUUAGAUCAGAUUGUUUCCAAUAUUUCCUAAUAAAAAAUUACCCUCUAAAGAGAAUUCAGGAAUAAUAAAUUCAAAUCAAUACUCCCUUUUCUCUAGUGAUUGCAUUCCCCACUGCCAGUGCCAGAGAACUUUUUUUGAUUUCUCAACUUUAUGAAAUAUAUUUAGGAGUCCUUAAAUGGGAUUUCACGAAAAAGUGAUUUGAGAUGAUUCUCACUUUCUAGUACCCAGUAUUUUUCCUGCAGAUACAAUGUACAUGAAAUAUUAGCAUUUUUGUGUAAAAAAGGUCUGUACUCAAGGCAAGUGGUCCAUCCAGUGAGACUGUCCCAAUUUCCUUUGCAUAAAGCUACUAGGGGUAUUAGGCAUUUCAUCAGGCUUCCCUGACAAUUUGCUGGUACCCAUUUUCAUUCCUGGGAGGAGACAGGCACUGUGAGAAUAAGAGAUUUUGUCCAAGAAUGGUCAGGUCUUGAACACAGACCCCUUGACUUGGAGUCCAGCACACUAACUUAGUGUAUGAAGUCUGUUGUGUCCCUUUUUUUUCUUCUCAGAAAUAGUUUUAAUCAAUGAUCUAUAUUCAUUUAUUUCAGAGACAGUGGCCAAGUCAGUGUCUUUCUCUCAAAGCAAGGUAAAAAGUUGUUAUGUUAAUUGUAAAUAGUAAUAUGAUUGUUUUCCCUUGUAUUGCCACAAUGCCUCGUUUUUUUUUUGUUGUUUUUUUUUAACAAUCAUCUUGUUUUAGAAUCCUUUGAAAUGAAUAAGAAAAUAAUAUCUUGAGAGUUAAAAGGAUUUUUUUUUUAUUUCCAGGUGAAUUUUUCUGGUCUAUUUGAAGUGUUGGCUGUAUUGCUGGAUUGGACCUCAGAAGUACAUCUUCAGAAGAUGCCAACUUUUCAGGACUCGCCACAAGGAAGACUGCAAGAACAGCAAUUAGACAUUCCCUCGUCUCUGGUGCAUGAAAAAUGUUUGAAAGUAAGUCAGCUUGAUUGAUGUUCAAUGAAAACUGGACUGAACUGAACUGGCUGGAUCCUUCUUCUCCUGGAUCCUAUAAGGAGAAGAAGGGAAGUUGACAGAUUUUUGCGGGGCAGAACGAAAAAAGUGAACACAACGUGUGUGUUCGACACUAUAUAGCAUAGUUUUGGUUCCUUGGUAGAAAAAUUCCAAAAGAUUGUUUCUUUAACCAGACGUCUUUCUCGAGAAACGUCAGAAGAUGAAUUAGUUAUUACUGUUAUUUUUUUUUUCCUUUUUGCUAUGCAGAUUUUACCCGGCAUGUCAGACAUACUUAGUAUUCUGCCAAGUGUUAAUCCUCGCCUACAACAGCCCUGCUUACAGUUCACCUACUGGAGUAUUGUUUACAUGGAACAGACAGUGCAAGGAUCGCAGGUACCUAAACGCACCAAAUACAAUGGCAUUUUUCAUUUUUUGGACUAACGACCCUGUGUCUUAAAUGCGUUUCCAUUUUUUCCCUCUCAAUUGCUUUUUUGUUGUCAUUUUUGCAGAGAACUGCUUUGGCGUCCACAUUGCGACAUAUUGGUGAAGAACUGUACAAACCUCAGGUAGAAAAACUUCCCUUUUAAAUAGUCUCUUUUUGAUUUAUUGCGUGGGUUGGAGAAAUUAUCAAUGAAUAAAUAAAUAUCUAAUUUAACAAGCAUAACUUUGGUUUUAAUUUGGUUGCGUCCUAUUUCGGAAGGCUUCGUCUCUUCCCUGCCGCUUCUAUUAAGUUUGGAGGGUUACGUCUAACUUCGGACAGUUCCGUCUAAUUUUGGACAGUUCUGUCUCAUUUCGGACAGUUCCGUCUCAUUUCGGACAGUUCCGUCUCUUUCCGGACGGUUUCGUCUAAUUUUAGACGGUUGCGUCAGAGUCUUGUUUUGAACAGGUCAGUCCGGACAAAGUUUGACGGAAAUUUAUGCAAUGGAGUGAACUGUUCAUACAGAGAUUCCUUUUAAAACACUGGCUAUUUUUCAGGUGUCAAAAAUUUCAGAGGAAGGAGUUUGUCUGAAAAGUGACAAGCAGAAAGUUGACAUCUACUUUCAUAGCCCCACAAUUGCUGUCAGGAUUCUUUCGUCUCUUAUUAUCCUCAAAACACUCGCUAGAGGUGAGACAACUGCUUCAAUUUCAGCUAUUUUUGUCUGUUUGUUCGUGUCAAUUUUUUAACUCAUUGCAAUUUAGUAUCAGUUUGUUACACAUCAGACCACGGUCUUUGACUUCAGUGAAUUCUUCUUGAAUCAAUUGUAAAUGAAACUGCGCCAAAGAGCCACCUUCAACUUUACGUGAAUGAUGUGAGUACAAAUUGAAAUUGAUUUUGAAAGGCAAAUAUUUUAACCAAUGUUUUUUUUUUAUCCUGUUGUUCUCUUGUAGUCGAUUAUUUGGCACAUGUCUUUGAUGUCUUAAAAACUGACUUGAAAGACGAUUUGGUGAGUUGGCCUUCGAAACAAGCGUUAUAAUACUUGGGUGUAAAUAGAACUAAGAUGCAACGACCAGCUGGAAGGUUUUUAAGGGCUGAAAAUCCUAUAAUUUGAAAUGAUAACGACGAUGACGACAGUGACAAUAACGGUAACGGUGAAAGAGAUGAAUACAAGUCGCUGUUUGCAACGCUUCCGGGAGAGCAUUGCAUGACAGCAUGAAAAACGGCUGCAUAUUCUCCAUACAAUACGUAUUCUCAUUACAAUUUCUAAGGUGCUGACAAGGAGAAUUUGUUUAACAAUCAAGAGCUUUAAUCUUAAGUUGUUGAUGUUUUUCCUUUAUUCUUGAGACCUUAAUGUCUGAUUCGAGGGUGAUGUUGUAAAGAUAAAUUAGAUGCUAAUCUAUCUCUAAUAAUUAUCAUUCCAACACAGGUUGAUAUAAUCUGUAAUUUCUAGUUUGUUAUAGAUGAUUUGCAUUUUCUUUUUCCGUGACAGGGCAAGCAGAUUUUUCUUACUUACGAGGGAGUAUACGUGGUGUUAUCAUACAUGAAGCCUGUGCAUAAGGUGAGGGAGGGGGGGGGGUCAGAAUUCAGUGAUUGCAGGGAAGUUAAUUCUCAUUGAAGAGAUUUUUGAUUAUUACUUUUGAUCACUCCUUGAGGGGAGGUUUUGAACUAUUUUUCAGACGGAGGUCGUUAGAGGGAGAGCAUAUUGAGAGAACAGGACAUGAUCUUUUAGAUAAAUCAUUGCACUAAUCUACAGGAAAAUUACUGGAUAGGAUAAUUGGAUCCAGAGCGUUUUUAAAAAGUUGGUUUUUUCAGCUGAAAGUUCUGCAUCUUUCUCCUUACCAGGCUCUCCUCGGAAGUGCUGUCGAUGUAAUGCUACUGAUGUCUGUCGAUUCACGUAAGUUUGAGCUCGUGAUAAACUGAUGCGGUUCAUGCCAUGCCAUGUAUAGAGUCAAAGAUUUACACUCUUACCUUUUACAACGAAUCAUUUUCAGAAGUCCUAUUUACUUAUUUAUUCGCUCGUUCUAAAGAAGGGGUUUUGUAGCUCAUUUAAGCUCGAAUUAGCGCCUGUGUUCUUAUUGAAAUUAAGAAGUGGUGGGAUAUUAAAGGAAUGGCACGAAAUUGAGAGUAAGAAACAGAAAAUAGCAGCUGUUCCUUGGAAGUUUGCGACUUUGAGAACGAGAGCAGCGUUGUGGUAAUUCUCAACCCAUUCAUAUCCACUAUAACCAAGAUCAAAUAUUGUGGGUCUACAAACUAUUGCGGUACUUUGUAGCUAUAACAUGCGCUCCCUAAGCAGUUGCUUUACAAAAAGCUUUUAAUGUUUUCUUUUUUAAUAUAUUUUCUUCUUCUCUUUUUUAAUAUGACGUGUUAACUUUCGAGAUCGUGAUGUUAACGUUUUUAAUUUCAAUCGAGGAAGAGAUCUGGAAGCGAACCAAUGGACUGGUUUUUGAGCCAAGACCCAUUCCUUUCAGUAUGCCUCUAGAGAUAUAGAUUUAAAGUAUGGCUUUUAGCCAGGCAUUCGAAUAACGUCCUGCAUUAUGCAUGUAAUUGAGGCGGCGAAGAAUGUUUUCCGAAGAGACACUAACCCCCCCUUGGUUAUACACUCUUAGCAUUCACCGCGGUGUUUCUGGAUAGCUGUUCAAACGAACUCUGGUUCAGGACAGCCGUGAAUUUGCUGCAACACAAGGGACUGGAUCCUAAAAUACUAGAAAAAUUGAGCAUUGUCCUACAAAGACUCUCUAAAAUCAAGUAAGUAACACAAUCUUUAAUCCUUCUCCUGAAACAAAAUGAAUCAUCCAGAUGUAUUCCACUUCACACUUUCGGGCUGUCCUCUCAGUAGCUCGAUUUUUUGCAGGUCUAAUCGCCGAUACUUCGAAGCCUUCCAGAUAUCCGCCGUAGUGCAAGAAAUGUUACGAACUUGCGAUCCACAGAAUGCCUUUUUGGCUCUGAACCUGCGAUCUAUUAUCUUCAACCUUGGUAAAGGAAAGGUGUAAAUAUGGCUCCAAAACUACAACACUACUGGACAAGUUGAAUGUCACUGAGCUUGUAUUAACGAACGACGACGGCAUGGGGUCGAGUCAUUGGCUAUAGACUCUCGAAAUCUUAAUACAAAGGUAGAAAUUUUCCCGGUCAGCUGCUAUACUCUUUAGGUAAAUUGGUGAAGAGAAUUUGGUGUUGUAUACAGAGAGUAUCCCCAGCUGAAGGUCAGUCUAUUCUCACCCGAUACCGACUGAAACUCUAUAACAAUUUUUAUCUGAUAACUUUGAGCAUUCUCAUUACCUGUUUGCUGGGUAAUAUAUGGAUAUUGAUGGGAGAAGUUACAUCUUAAUCAUCUCUGAAUUGGCAAGGAAAUGUUGUCCUCUCCAAAGUGUGCGUAAUAAAGACAAACUAUUCAUGUAUGAAGUGUACAUCACAAUUAGAAAUUUUUACCAGAUGAUUUAGAAACCUAAAAUUGGCAAGCGCCUCUUAAUCCUUCAUGUGUAAAGCUGUAUCUCUGUCUUUUUUGUCUGCUAUGUUGUAGCCCCUGCUGAACGCGCGUUUCCACCCGCAGGAAGAUUUGAGAAGAGUUUGAAGAGGUUUGCUACGGGUCUGGCACAAAUAAUGAGACAGUACCAGACCCCUUGCAGACCUCUUGCCAGCUCGCAUUGCUCAAGACCUCAUACUACCCCACAGGCGAAGGAAUACUCUUGCUGAAGCGCCAAUAAUGAAGGCCUGGUCGCACUGUUGCUGUAUAUGUUGUGGUUCAAUUUUAUCCUUGGUUCAAA